UAAGGCCACCAUCUGUAAUAACAUCUGCUAAAUAUGUCUAUGCGACAUAUACCAUUUUAUUUUAUUUAUUUGGCUAUUUUUUAAAUGAUUUUAUCUUUGAAUCGUGUAAAAAAAUGUAUAUCCUUUUAAAGAUUUCUGUGGAGAGAAACAUUUGAGUAUAAACACGUUUUUUCCUAUAGUUGUGAAAAAUAAAAACGUAUCGUAACUUCUUAAUAGAUAUUUGAAUAUGCUCCUCUCCAGUUCUUGCACAUCAACGCCUUCCUUUAAAAACGUGACACGCAUAGGUUGUGUGACAGGUCACGUGAUGGUAGAGGAGCAACGGGACCAGCCGGAAGGAGGGGUCUUCAUCGCGUGUCUGUCCGCCGCUCCCAAAAUGGCUUCCAACAUGGCAACCUCCGACCUGUCCGAGACAUGGCGGAACUGUUUCGAAGAGGAGCUGAUCUGCCCCAUCUGCCUGCACGUCUUCUCCGAACCUAUCCAGCUGCCCUGCAAGCACAACUUCUGCCGGGGCUGCAUCUCCGAAGCCUGGGCUAAAGACUCCUCCCUGGUCCGCUGCCCUGAGUGCAACCACGCCUACAGUCAGAAGCCUGCUCUGGAGAAGAACCACAAGCUGUCCAACAUCGUGGACAAGUUCAACGCUUUGUCUGUAGAGAAGGCCGCCUCGCCGGUGCUGCAGUGUAUUCUGUGCCGCCGUGGCCCCCCACUCCCGGCUGUCAAGGUUUGCCUGCGCUGUAGCGCCCCCUGUUGCCAGAGCCAUGUCCAGACACACCUGCAGCAGCCCUGCUCCGCCCUGGGACACCUGCUGGUGGAGGCUGAGGCAGUCAAGGCCUGGACGUGUCCUCAGCACGACGAGUACAGACUGUACCACUGUGAGGCAGAACAGACAGCCGUGUGUCAAUACUGCUGCUUCACACGAUGCCAUCCCAGUCACGGACACGGAGUCACUGACGUGGAGCUACGCCGCAACGAUAUACGGCAAAAUCUAUUGCGGCAGCAGGAGAGGGUGGAGGAGAGAGUUCAGGACAUCGAUGAGCAGCUCUGUAAACUCGACUCUGACAAGUGUGUGGUGGAGGAUAGAGUGUGUGAGCUAAAAGAGGAGGUGCGUGUGCAGUACCAGCGGAUGCAGCACUUCUUGGAAGAAGACCUGUCCCGAACACUGGAGGUUCUAGAGCGGGCGCGUUCUAGGUUCUGCCAGGAGAACGCGGGCCAGGUUCUAGCUCUGGGAGAACAGAGACACGAGGCCCAGAAGCUGCUCAGCUCGGUCCACACGGCCUUCGGCAAGGCUGAGGAGCUGGGCUUCAUGAAGAAUACUAAACCUGUCAAGAUCCUCAUGGAGAGGUCUCAAGCGUGCGUGGGAAGUGCGCUCCCUCCCUACAAGGUGGGCAGUCUCAACUCUAAGCUGUUCCUGUCAGAACUCUCCAAGAGGGAGAAGAGCCUACGGAAAACACUGGAAGCCCCCCUAGCCCCUCCCUCCUCGUUCCUCCAGUCCGUCCAGGCUUAUCCCAGCGGCCUUGGCUCCGGGGCAGAGAAACGCAAACACUCCUCUGCGUUCCCAGAAAGCAACGGAAGCACUGGGAAAACUUCUGCUUCCGGGUUCAAGGACUCCUCAUCCAAGCAGCCCUACCUAGGCCCAAACUCUGCCCCCGGGGAGGGCCAAUCCUCCAAUCAGCAGCCUCUGGUUCCCUGUGGCUCCUCCCACAUGAAUGAAAAUGGCGGAACAGGAAGUGGAAGUGGCUCUCUAACAAAUCACCAUUCAGGGUCUGUGUUCGGUCCCUCCCACUUCCCCCCUGCUGGUGGUAGCUCCUCCCAUACUUCUCAGCAGGCAGUGCUCCCCCAGUAUGGCGGGCGUAAGAUCCUGGUGUGUACCAUGGAUAAUUGCUACUGCUCUGGGGUACCCUCUGUGUCGGGCCACCGCGGCCACCCUCCCUACCCACGUUCAGGCUCCUUUCCCUGGGUAAGCACCCAGGACUACCCCCUUCCCCCUGGCCUGGCCUCUGGAGCACCAGCCAUGCAAGGGCUGGCUGUCAGAGACUGGAUAGACGCACAGCAGACGCACAGACACACAGACUUCUAUGGCCUGUAUGGGCAGCCCUCCACCAAGCACUAUGUCACCAGUUAACACGCAUACAUGCAUUUAUCUAUACACACACAUACUUCUACAGGCAAACAGCUCUCUACUAAGCACUACGCUACUAGUUAAAUAAACACAUGUCUACAUAUGUAGACAAACACAGAACCUACAUACAUACAGGUACACACAGACAUUCACUUCUACAUGUUAUACGGACAGUCCUCUGCUAAGCACCAUGUUACGACUCGUAUAGAUGCACUUACAAGCACUCUCGGGGGCAGGGUUGACAUGUAUUCGUUUUCUCUGUCAGACACAGUGUACUGUAUGAUGAUAUACGUGUCUUUGUGCAAAAACUGUUGACGCUGAAGCACUUCAGCUCAACUGAAAUGUUUUAGCGACAUCUCCUUCCCCGUUGUAGUGAGAUCGAUAGCCUUAUGUUAUAAUUAUUUUCCAUGUUUAUUGAACAUGGUCUGAUAACUGUAAAGAGAACAAUGGUUUAUUACUGUUACAGCUCUGGUUUUGUCUCCUCUCCUUGCUGAGUUCAGGGAUGUACUGUGCAGCUUGAACACACUCGCUCUUCCAAGUUCUCUUCUGUGUGUGGACUGGGACCCCCUCCCAUGCACUUUGGCGGGGGAUGGGGGUGUGUUGGGAUUUCUUUCUGUGUAGAAGUUGCUCUGUAGACAGAUCUAGGAUUAGCUACCCUCCCUGUAGACCCAGGUCCAAGAUCAGCUGACCUGUCCCAACCUUAAACAUCAGUGGGUCAAAUGGCAGAACCUGUCCCUAGAUCAGGGUUUUGGGGCAACUGUAAACUUACUUCAUUAUGGACCUUCUUUAUUCCCAUUUAUCCAAAUCCCAUCAGAGAGGGGAUCCGACCCCCUUCCGUUGUGCUGCCAGGCUUCCCAUUGGAUUGAAUUCUUCCAUCUGAGAGACCUCCCUUUUUUUAAAGUUUUUAUUAAUAUUUGGAUCAUGACAUGAGUGAUUCCCAUAUGGCAUAUGAGUAAUCAUACCAUAUGAGCAGGUAUCAUGUUUGUCUUGAAGACAAUUGGACUCGUAGACAGGAUGGUGGCUCGGCGAGCAACUACAUGGCCUGGACUGUACUGGACAGACCAAACAAAUCAACUCAAGCAUCUGGGAGUGUGACGGUGACUAUGCGUUAAUAAUGUACUUCCUGCAGGGUGACGUCACUUCCUUUUAACAAGCACACGCUUUCGGCUUCCUGUUUGCAGCUGUAAGCAUGCGGGGAAGAGUUUUAUAAAGCACUCUGGAAUAAAAAAAAAUAAAAUAAAAAAACGAAGUGAAAAAUAAAAAAGAUGAGUGGAAGUAAUGGUUGAGGUUUUUUUUUCAUGAACUUUUUCUAUGAGAAACUGGACUGUUUGACUUAAGCAUUGGUUUAAAAAAAUGCUGGAAAGGAACUGUUACAAGAACAGUCAACCAAUAGAUGAAAAAAAUGGGAAACUUUUUUUUGUAAAUAUUUUGAAAUGAAAAAUAAAGGACAUCAAUUGGAGGGUUCCAAAUAAAUCAAGGCAUUUAAGAUA